AGGGAGGGACUUUGCAACUCAGCAACCUCUCCCAGUUUAAGUUGCGCAGAGGUAGCCCUGCCCUGUGCCAUAGUUUAUGCUUACCUGCCCACUCCACCUGUCUUGUCCCUGUCCAGCCUGGCCUCAACCCCGCCUACCGCCCUCAAUGGGGAAGGGACUUGGGUCACCAUAAGGAGGGGCCAUGCAGAUUUAAAUGCUUGUGGCGCGGUGCUCGGGUGUGGAGGGAGCCAAGAGACCGAGGACGCCGCACCAGCCCUUGUCACAGCAGGUCACACGUGAACCUUAAGCAAGUUCUGGGCUACCAGUUGUCCGUGAUGAACGGCCAACCCCCUCCUCUUGAUGUCGUGGUUGCCAAUGGCACUGAGCAACCCAUUGUCCCUAAGAUCAUGAAGCACCAGUUGGGACCCAGCACCCAUUCUGGGCCCCCAGCGGAGGCUGUGCCACCUACCACAGCCAGAAGCAUUGCUGGGGUGUAUGUGGAAGCUUCAGGGCAGACCCGGAGCUUCUACGCUGCCAUGAAGCAGGGCCUCCUGCCUACUGGGCUUGGGCUGGCUUUGCUCGAGGCCCAGGCAGCCACUGGAGGCCUUGUAGACCUUGCCCAGGGUCAGCUUCUUCCUGUGUCUGAGGCACUAAGGCGGGAUCUGGUGGGACUGGAGCUAAAGGAGAAAUUGUUGGCUGCCGAGCGUGCCGUUACUGGCUAUCCUGACCCCUACGGAGGAGGAAAGCUGGCCCUCUUCCAGGCCAUCAGGAAGGAAGUUGUGGACAGGACCUCAGGGAUGAGAUGGCUGGAGGCUCAAUUAGCUACUGGGGGCCUGGUGGACCCAACCCAAGGAGUGCAAGUGGCCCCCGAGGUAGCCUGCCAGCAGGGCCUUUUAGACAAGGAGACAUGGCUCAGCCUGGUGGAGUCAGAACCCGGCAUGGGUGCCCCAGGUUUUUUUGACCCCAACACACUAGAACAGCUGCCAUACUGCAUGCUGUUGAGUAGGUGUGUGCAAGACCCCAGCUCAGGGCUGCCCCUGUUGCCCUUGAAGCCCACCUUUCGUACCCUGGGUGGCGCAGCUAGUGCAUCAGCGCUGCUGGAGGCAGGAGUACUAGAUGAGGAGACAGCUCGAGGCCUGCAGGAGGGCACACUGGUGGUGUCGGAUGUGGCCACACGCCCUGAGGUGCAGCGCUAUCUGGAGGGCACUGGAGGGUUGGCGGGGGUUGUCCUAUUGCCUGGAGGCCACAAGAAGAGCUUCUUCCAAGCUACAGUUGAACACUUGCUCUCAAAGGGCAUUGCAGUGCAACUCUUAGAGGCUCAGGCAGGCACUCGCACCCUCGUGCACCCAGCCACGGGCCAGCCUCUGUGGGUAGAGGAGGCGGUCAGGGAGGGUGUGGUGGGCCCAGAACUCCACGAGCAGCUCCUGGUUGCAGAGCAGGCAGUGACCGGGUAUCAUGACCCCUUCAGUGGCUCCCGCAUCCCCCUUUUCCAGGCAAUGAAGAAGGAGCUUGUGGACAAGCCACUGGCUCUGCGCCUCCUGGAUGCCCAGCUGGCCACAGGUGGGCUUAUAUGCCCAGCUCGCAGGUUCCGGCUGCCCCUGGAGGCUGCCCUGAGCUUUGGCUGCCUGGAUGAAGAGACUCGGCAGCAUCUCUCUCAGGCUAUGAGCUUUUCAGAUCCCACCACACAUGAGAGUCUUCACUACGAAAGGCUGCUGGCCCUCUCUGUCACCGACCCAGAGACAGGGCUUGCUUUCCUGCCUCUCCCGGGAGAAGCCCAUGCAAAUGAGCCCCAGGGACCCGCAUUUAUUGAUCAUUGCACUCGGCAGGCCUUGAGCAAGGCCACAACCUCCGUCUCUGUAGGGAGGUUCCAGGGCCGGCCUGUAUCCCUCUGGGAACUGCUCUUUUCUGAGGCAGUGCCCAUUAAACAGAGGGCAGUGCUUGCCCAACAGCACCAGAAGGGGGCCCUGUCAGUGGAGGAGCUGGCAGCUGAGCUGAAGGCCAUUGUCGAGAAGGCUGCAGCCACUGCCAAAGUCACCUUUGCCGGGUUGAGAGACACUGUGACACCGGGAGAACUGUUGAAGGCUGAGAUAAUCAACCAGGACCAGUUUGAGCAGCUGGAACGUGGACAGACCUCAGCCCAGGAUGUGGGGAGCCUGGACUCAGUGCAGAGGUACCUGCAGGGCACAGGUUGCAUUGCAGGCCUGCUGCUGCCUGACUCCCAGGAACGCCUCCGUAUCUAUGAGGCCCGCAGCAAGGGGCUCCUCAGGCCUGGUACUGCCCUGAUUUUGCUUGAGGCCCAGGCUGCCACAGGCUUUAUCAUUGACCCCAAAGAGAACAAGAGAUACUCUGUGGAAGAGGCACUGAGGGCUGGCGUCAUUGGGCCUGACGUAUACGCAAAGCUGCUGUCUGCAGAACGUGCGGUCACUGGCUACACGGACCCCUACUCUGGGGAGCAGAUCUCCCUCUUCCAGGCCAUGCAGAAGGACCUCAUCGUCAGGAACCAUGGCAUUCGCCUGCUGGAGGCUCAGAUCGCCACUGGUGGUAUCAUCGACCCCGUGCAUAGCCACCGUGUACCUGUGGACGUGGCUUACCAGCGUGGCUACUUUGACCAGAUGUUGAACUCUAUCCUGUUGGACCCAUCUGAUGACACCAAGGGCUUCUUUGACCCCAACACACAUGAAAAUCUCACCUACCUGCAGCUUCUGGAGCGCUGUGUACAUGAGUCUGAGACAGGCCUGCACCUCCUGCCCCUUAGUGGUACACGACCCCAGCUGGUAGACAGCGCCACUCGGAAGGCCUUCCAGAGUCUACUGCUAUCAGUGAGAUAUGGACGGUUCCGGGGGCAGAGAGUUUCUGCAUGGGAGCUCAUUAACUCAGAAUACUUCCAAGAGGACCAGAGGAGGCAGCUACUGCAGCGCUUUCGGCAGCACAAGGUCACACUGGAGCAGGUCACUCAGCUGCUGGAGAAAGAGAUGAUGAGGUGGGCAGACGUCACAGUGCCUGCACUACAGGGCCACGUCAGUGCCUACCAGCUCUUAGAGGCCCACAUCAUCAACCAGGAACUCCUAGACCAGGUGCUGACAGGGGCGGUCAGCCCAGAGUCCCUCCUUCACAUGGGUGACGUUCGCAGGUACCUUCGGGGCUCAGGCACCGUGGGCGGUGUGCUGUUACAGCCCUCCAAUCGGCGAAUCAGUCUCUACCAGGCCAUGAAGCAGAAGCUGCUGGCGCCUGGUGUGGCCCUGGCCUUGCUGGAGGCCCAGGCAGCCACUGGAGCCAUCACAGACCCCUGCAGUACGGAGAGCCUGACGGUAGACGAGGCUGUGUCCAGGGGAGUGGUGGGAGCAGACGUGUAUGGCAAGCUGAAACGAGCAGAGAGUUCUAUCACUGGCUACAGAGACCCCUUUUCUGGAGAAAAGGUGUCCCUGUUCAGGGCCAUGAAGAAGGGCCUUGUCCCGAAGGAGCAAGCAACCCGCCUAUUAGAGGCCCAGGUGUCCACCGGAGGAGUUGUUGAUCCCACAACCCACCUCCACCUCCCCAUGCCUGUGGCAGUUCAGCGGGGCUGCAUUGAUCAAGAGAUGAAGGUGGCCUUGUCCAGCUCUCCUGAGACCUUUCCUACACCUGAUGGCCGGGGACACACCAGCUAUGCCCAGCUUCUGGAGCAAUGUCUCCAGGACAAAGCCUCUGGGAUUCACCUCCUGCCCCUGACAGAAGAUGCUCCCGCUAUCCCCACUGACACCCAGAUCCAGGAGACCCUACAAGCAUCAGCUGGCACUGAGGAUGGUUUGUCCCUCUGGGAUCUGCUCACCUCUUGCCAUUUUACUGAGGAGCAGCGCAGGGGCUUCCUUGAGGAGGUAAGGGUUGGGAAGACUUCGGUGCCACAGCUACAGGACACCGUGCGUAGCUGGGUGCAUGCAGCAAAGCUCCUGGCCCGGGCCCGCAUCACCAUGCCAGGCCCACGGGGUGAGGUCCCUGCCAUUUGGCUACGAGAUGCUGGUAUUAUUACCCAAGAGACCCUGGAAGCAUUAGCCCAGGGCGUACAAUCACCGGCUGAAGUAGCUGAAGAGCCUGCUGUAAAGGCCUGUCUCUGGGGCACAGGUUGUGUGGCCGGUGUGCUUUUGCAGCCCUCAGGGACCAAGCUGAGCAUUGCUCAGGCUGUAAAGGAUGGCCUUCUGCCCACAGGCCUGGGCCAGCAGCUGCUGGAGGCCCAGGUGGCAUCUGGCUUCCUUGUCAACCCGCUAACCAACCAGAGACUGUCAGUGGAGGGGGCGGUGAAGGCCGGCCUGGUGGGCAGGGAGCUGAGUGAACAGCUUCAGCAGGUGGAGAGGGCCGUCAUGGGGUAUUCAGACCCUUACUCAGGCGGUUCCCUUUCUCUCUGGCAAGCCAUGGAGAAGGGGCUUGUGCCCAAGAGUGAAGCUUUUCCUCUCCUCCAAGUCCAGCUGGCCACGGGGGGUGUUGUGGACCCUGCCCACGGAGUGCACCUGCCCCAGGCGGUGGCCUGCAAGCUUGGCCUCCUGGACGAGCAGACAAGCCAGGUGCUGACUGCCACUGAGAACAAAAACAAGCUCUUUUUUGACCCCAACUCCCGCGAAAAGGUGACAUACCAGCAGCUCAAAGAACUCUGCGUGCUAGAUGCCGACACUGGCCUGUGGCUGCUACCAUUGCCCCAGGACACCGUGCUUGAGGUGGAUGACCACACUGCGGUGGCACUGAGGGCUAUGAAGGUACCCAUCAGCAUGGGGAGGUACAAAGGACACAGCGUGUCACUCUGGGACCUGCUACACUCUGAGUACGUUGGGACCGAAAAGCGGCGGGAGCUGGUGGCACUUUGUUGUUCUGGGCGGGCUGCUGCCCUGCGGCAGGUCAUCAAUAUGGUCACCACUUUGGUGGAGGCUGCAGAGAAGCAGCCCCCGCAGGCCACCUUCAAAGGGCUCCGGAAGCAGGUAUCAGCUGGGGACUUGUUUAGGUCCCAGCUGAUCAACAAGCAGACACUGGAUGAACUCAAUCAGGGGAAAAAGACAGUCCAGGAAGUGACAGAGAUGGACAGUGUAAGGAGGUCCCUGGAAGGAGGCAACUUCAUCGCUGGGGUCUUUAUUCAGGAUACAAAGGAGAAGAUGAGUAUCCCAGAGGCCUUGAGAAGGCACAUUCUGAGGCCAGGCACAGCGCUGGUGCUGAUGGAGGCGCAGGCAGCCACCGGUUUCAUCAUUGACCCUGUGGAGAACCGGAAGCUAACUGUAGAGCAAGCCUUCCAGGCUGGGAUGUUUGGCAAGGAAACCUAUAUGAAGCUGUUAUCAGCCGAGCGUGCUGUCACCGGCUACACGGACCCCUACACGGGUGAGCAGAUCUCCCUCUUUCAGGCCAUGCAGAGAGACCUCAUUGUCCGGGACCAUGGCAUCCGCCUGCUGGAGGCUCAGAUCGCCACGGGUGGCAUCAUCGACCCUGUACACAGCCAUCGCGUGCCUGUGGACGUGGCCUACCAGCGUGGCUACUUCAAUGAAGAGAUGAACCGCAUCUUGGCUGACCCGAGUGACGACACCAAGGGCUUCUUCGAUCCCAACACGCAUGAGAACCUCACCUACCUGCAGCUGCUGGAGCGCUGUGUGGAGGACCCCGAGACAGGCCUGUACAUGCUGGAAAUUGUCAAGAAGGGAGAAACCUACACGUACAUUGAUGAGGCCACAAGGCAAGCUCUGAGAUCCAGAACUGUGCAGAUGUCCGUAGGCAAGUUUGCAAGCCAGACGGUGUCUGUGUGGGACCUGCUGUCUUCUCAGUACUUUACGGAAGGAAAGAGAAGAAAGCUCUUGCAGGAGUACAGAGCCCAGAACAUAGGCCUAGACAAACUGCUGGAGGUCAUCACCUCCACCGUGGAAGAAACAGAGAAGCAAAACCAAAACUUCAAGGUGCCAGGCAUCCACGGUGACGUGACUGCAGCAGAACUGUUCAACUCUGGAAUCCUUGAUAAGAAGACCCUGGACGCGCUUCACAGUGGGGAGCGAGGGUGCCAGGAUCUCCGCCAGCUGGAGCAUGUCAAAACCUACCUGGAAGGCAGCAGUUGCAUUGCUGGAGUGGCCACACCCCUCACCCAGGAGGUGAUGAGCUUCUACGAGGCCAGCAGAGAAGAGCUCAUCCCAGCAGGGUUUGCAGCUCAGUUGCUGGAGGCACAGGCUGCUACUGGGUACCUGAUGGAUCCCCGUACCCACCAGAGGCUGUGUGUGGAUGAGGCCAUAACAGCUGGCCUGGUGGGUGAAGACCUGCGAGAAAGGCUUGUAAAUGCAGAAAAGGCAGCAAAGGGCUACAAAGAUCCAGCCACAGGCGAGACCAUUCCACUGUUCCAGGCCAUGGAGAAGAAAUUAGUUAGGCGGGAGGAGGCCCUGAGGCUGUUGGAGGUGCAGGUGGCCACAGGCGGGGUCAUCGACCCACGGCACCACCACCGAGUUCCCCUGGAAACAGCAUGCAAGCGUGGCUGUCUGAGCGAUGACACCGUUGUGCUGAUUGCUGAUCAGAGGCACAUGAGGAAAAGGUUUGUGGAUCCCAAUACACAAGAAAAGGUCACGUACCAGGAACUGCAGGACAGGUGCCAGAGGGGGGAGAAGUCAGGCUGGACACUGUUCCCAGUGGUUAAGGACAAAAAGGACAUGGAGUAUGUAGAUGAGGCCACUAAAAGGGCCCUGGAGGCAGAGCAGGUGGAAGUGACUGUGGGGAGGUACAGAGGCCAGAGGCGGUCUGUGUGGGAACUGCUGAACUCAGAGUACGUGUCGGAGGAGAAAAAGAUGGAACUGGUCAGGAUAUACAAAGGCGACACAGCCCGGGCACUGCAGAGAGUGGUAGAAGUUAUUCUACAAAUGAUUGCAGACAAAGAGGGAAAAAGCAGGCAACUAUGGUUCCGAGGACUACGAACUCAGGUAACAGCAGAGGAAUUGCUCAGCUCAGCCAUCAUCACCAGACAGACUCUGAAGGACCUGGAAGAAGGAAGAACUACAAUAGACCAGAUAGAAAGAAACGAAGAUGUGAAAAGAUACCUCAAGGGGACCAGCUGCAUUGCGGGAGUCCUGGUGCCUGUCCAGGGAGAGCCUGGCCGUCAGGAGAAGAUGAGCAUCUAUCAGGCCAUGUGGAAAGGCGUGCUGAGGCCCGGCACAGCCCUGGUCCUGCUGGAGGCCCAGGCGGCCACGGGCUUCAUCAUCGACCCAGUGCACAACCGCAGACUGUCUGUGGAGGAGGCCGUGGCAGCAGGCGUGGUGGGUGGUGAGGUCCAAGAGAAGCUGCUGUCUGCUGAGCGCGCUGUCACCGGCUACACGGACCCCUACACUGGGGAGCAGAUCUCCCUCUUCCAGGCCAUGCAGAGGGACCUCAUUGUCAAGGACCAUGGCAUCCGCCUGCUGGAGGCCCAGAUUGCUACUGGUGGUGUAAUUGACCCAGUUCACAGCCACCGUGUGCCCGUGAACGUGGCCUACCAACGUGGCUACUUUGAUAAAGAGAUGAACAGCAUCUUGGCAGACCCUGGGGAUGACACCAAGGGCUUCUUUGACCCCAACACACACGAGAACCUCACUUACCUCCAGCUGCUUCGUCGCUGUGUGCGGGACCCAGAGACUGGGUUCUACAUGCUGCGGCUGGCGGGAAAGGGCUCUAGUGUGCACCACCUGAGCGAGGAACUGAGACGUGCCCUCCGUGAGGCCAGAGUGACGCCAGGCACGGGCGACUACCAGGGCCAGAGCAUCUCUGUCUGGGAGCUUCUCUUCUACCGCGAGGUGCCCGAGAGCCUGCGCCAGGAUCUGCUGCGCAGGUACCAAGCUGGUGGGCUGACCGUUCAGGACGUGAGCACCACCCUCCUCUCAAUGCUGGCUCAGACUGAUGACAAUACUCCAUAUGUGAAUCUAGAGAAAGUCUUGGGCAAGGCUACCAUGAAAAUAGAGGUUGGCCAUCUCCGGGGAAACCAGGUACCUUUGUUGAAUGUGAUGUUGUCCAGCUAUGUUAGUGGCACUACCAGAAAGGAGCUGAUGGGCCAGUUAAGCAGUGGGACACUAACUCUGCCCAAACUGACCCAAAGACUCACCACUAUCAUUGAGGAGGCAGAACACACACAGGAGGCUGAACAAUUGAAAGACAGUGUGUCACUCCAAAGGGAAACUGAAACAGAAAGAUCAGGGACCUUCCCAGACCAGAGCAAGAAGAAGGACAAGGCUGAGACAGCCAGGAAGAACCAGGAACAAGCCCUGCGAGCUGCAACCAUGCGCGUAAACUGUGGGAAGUUCCAGGGUCAGCCAGUUUCGGUGUGGAAAGUCCUAUUCUCCUCGUACUUAAGUGAGACCCGCCGCGAGGAGCUCCUUGCCCAGCACCUAGCUGGUUCCAUGGCUCUGCAGGACCUCAUCACCAUUCUCACCAAGAUCAUAGAAGACACUGAAGAACAACUAAGCAAAGUGUCCUUCCCUGGCCUAAGACAAACGGUGACUGCAGCUGAGCUGCACACAUCUGGAAUAUUAGACAAAAACACCCUACAUGAACUGGCACAAGGCACGAAGACAAUGCAGGAGGUUACAGAGAUGGACUCUGUGAAACGCUACCUGGAAGGAACCAGCUGCAUCGCGGGAGUCCUGGUGCCCAUCCGGGGAGAGCCUGGCCGUCAGGAGAAGAUGAGCAUCUAUCAGGCCAUGUGGAAAGGCGUGCUGAGGCCCGGCACAGCCCUGGUACUGCUGGAGGCCCAGGCGGCCACGGGCUUCAUCAUCGACCCAGUGCACAACCGCAGACUGUCUGUGGAGGAGGCCGUGGCAGCAGGCGUGGUGGGUGGUGAGGUCCAAGAGAAGCUGCUGUCUGCUGAGCGCGCUGUCACCGGCUACACGGACCCCUACACUGGGGAGCAGAUCUCCCUCUUCCAGGCCAUGCAGAGGGACCUCAUUGUCAAGGACCAUGGCAUCCGCCUGCUGGAGGCCCAGAUUGCUACUGGUGGUGUAAUUGACCCUGUUCACAGCCACCGUGUGCCCGUGAACGUGGCCUACCAACGUGGCUACUUUGAUGAAGAGAUGAACAGCAUCUUGGCAGACCCUGGGGAUGACACCAAGGGCUUCUUUGACCCCAACACACACGAGAACCUCACUUACCUCCAGCUGCUUCGUCGCUGUGUGCGGGACCCAGAGACUGGGUUCUACAUGCUGCGGCUGGCGGGAAAGGGCUCUAGUGUGCACCACCUGAGCGAGGAACUGAGACGUGCCCUCCGUGAGGCCAGAGUGACGCCAGGCACGGGCGACUACCAGGGCCAGAGCAUCUCUGUCUGGGAGCUUCUCUUCUACCGCGAGGUGCCCGAGAGCCUGCGCCAGGAUCUGCUGCGCAGGUACCAAGCUGGUGGGCUGACCGUUCAGGACGUGAGCACCACCCUCCUCUCAAUGCUGGCUCAGACUGAUGACAAUACUCCAUAUGUGAAUCUAGAGAAAGUCUUGGGCAAGGCUACCAUGAAAAUAGAGGUUGGCCAUCUCCGGGGAAACCAGGUACCUUUGUUGAAUGUGAUGUUGUCCAGCUAUGUUAGUGGCACUACCAGAAAGGAGCUGAUGGGCCAGUUAAGCAGUGGGACACUAACUCUGCCCAAACUGACCCAAAGACUCACCACUAUCAUUGAGGAGGCAGAACACACACAGGAGGCUGAACAAUUGAAAGACAGUGUGUCACUCCAAAGGGAAACUGAAACAGAAAGAUCAGGGACCUUCCCAGACCAGAGCAAGAAGAAGGACAAGGCUGAGACAGCCAGGAAGAACCAGGAACAAGCCCUGCGAGCUGCAACCAUGCGCGUAAACUGUGGGAAGUUCCAGGGUCAGCCAGUUUCGGUGUGGAAAGUCCUAUUCUCCUCGUACUUAAGUGAGACCCGCCGCGAGGAGCUCCUUGCCCAGCACCUAGCUGGUUCCAUGGCUCUGCAGGACCUCAUCACCAUUCUCACCAAGAUCAUAGAAGACACUGAAGAACAACUAAGCAAAGUGUCCUUCCCUGGCCUAAGACAAACGGUGACUGCAGCUGAGCUGCACACAUCUGGAAUAUUAGACAAAAACACCCUACAUGAACUGGCACAAGGCACGAAGACAAUGCAGGAGGUUACAGAGAUGGACUCUGUGAAACGCUACCUGGAAGGAACCAGCUGCAUCGCGGGAGUCCUGGUGCCCAUCCGGGGAGAGCCUGGCCGUCAGGAGAAGAUGAGCAUCUAUCAGGCCAUGUGGAAAGGCGUGCUGAGGCCCGGCACAGCCCUGGUACUGCUGGAGGCCCAGGCGGCCACGGGCUUCAUCAUCGACCCAGUGCACAACCGCAGACUGUCUGUGGAGGAGGCCGUGGCAGCAGGCGUGGUGGGUGGUGAGGUCCAAGAGAAGCUGCUGUCUGCUGAGCGCGCUGUCACCGGCUACACGGACCCCUACACUGGGGAGCAGAUCUCCCUCUUCCAGGCCAUGCAGAAGGAACUGAUUGUCAAGAAUCAUGGCAUCCGCCUUCUGGAAGCCCAGAUUGCUACUGGUGGUGUAAUUGACCCUGUUCACAGCCACCGUGUGCCCGUGGAUGUGGCCUACAAACGUGGCUAUUUUGACGAGAAGAUGAACAGCAUCCUGGCAGAUCCAGGUGAUGAUACCAAGGGCUUCUUUGACCCCAACACACAUGAGAACCUCACAUACCUCCAGCUUCUGCAGAGAGCCAUUCCUGACCCUGAAACUGGAUUAUUGUUUCUGUCCCUCUCUAAGCGCUAAAUAUUUCUGGUUUUUUCUCUAAAAUACUGCAGUGUUUGCAUUGUCCUUGGUUUGGAUGUUGCUGUCUUUGUAUACUUUUUUACUCUUCUGAAUCAUGGUUUAAUUUUAGGUUAUUCUCAUCUUUCUAGCCUCCCUGCCCCUGGUUUUUUUUUUUUUUUUUUUUUUGUUUCCUCAUGUAUGUCCUUCUUUUUUCUGUUGUUUUUCCUCCACAAUUUUUUUGCUCUUUUUUUUUUUGACUCUUUCUGUGUUUGUUUUGGUGGGAUCAUGGACUUGGAAGAAGUGGUCUAAUACAGUCUCUCCCUGUAUUCUAGGCAGCCCCAUGAUCACCCACCAUGUCAUCCACACUGCUCUCAACCCACCUGUGAUCUUCUUUCCUUGAUCUCCUAAACCGUGGGAGUGGAGGUGGAAUUGUAGGUGUAAGCCACCAUGUUUGUCAACACUCUUUUAUAUUUUUAAUACGGGCACUUGGCACGUGGUGUGCCCUGGUUUGCCUCUGUAUUUAGACCAACAUUGCUUAUCUCCUCUCCAUGCGCCUCCGAAUCAUCUCAGUCGUUCAUUGUAUUUCUGUCUUUAGUGCAUACAUGUCUUUUGAUAAUAAAUGAAUUUCUGACAAUAAAAUGAA